AAAGCGGUUUUGAUUUUGCUAUCAACUUAUUAAAGAGAAGCACAGUGAUACAAGUUUUACACGAAGUCGCCGACAUAUAGUUAAUCAGUUGAUGAACUUACAUUCAGCUUGUACGGUUGCGUAUCUGAACUCCGAAUAUAUUUAUGUCUUUAAUGAACGAACGAAAUGAAAGCUAAAUAAAAAUACCUACGGCAUAAGUGCGUUAAUAGAUGUGGCAAAGCAGUAUAUCUAUUUUUAAAUUUUUGCAAAUUUAAUACUCCAUUGUUACGAAUUUUUAUAUAAAAGUAAAUUUAAAAAUUUAAGUAAUUAAUGUGCAAAAAAUAAGUAAGAAACAUAUGCGCAAGAGUAUAAACUAAAAAAACAGAGUUCCUAUAAAGUAGUGGUGAAGAAAACUGGUCAAGCGCAAAAGGCCUUGACAAUCUCUAAUAACAACGAAAGCAGUACACUGUCUUAAUAGCGAGAUAUGCUAUAUCUGCGUUGUAGAUGUGGAUCAUUGCAGAUUCGGACGCUUUUUCCGCUGCACAAGCCGAAGUUGUAUAGUCAUGAAUCGUUGCAUUUCCCGAGCAAAGUAUGUCCAUCGUCAUCCAAAGCGCAACCUCGAAGCGUAUGCAGUAAAAAAAUAAUAUCAGCACGAAGUGUGCUAUUGUUUAUUAUAGUUAUGCUGCUAUCGGUGCCAGUAACAUUGACACAAGCAGCUGCAAUAGAUGAACUGUAUAUUCAACCAACAUCAGCCCUUCAUACGGUCAAAAAAGUCAACAGCGCGAAUAACGGGCGCAGUGACUAUAUAGGGUACCAUCACAAUGUUCGUCCUGAAGUUGGUUUAUUAACAUCCACUGCACGCACAUUCAUACAAGAAGGUGUAACAACGGAAUACGGCACACAAGUGGUCGGGACUACACUCGAUAGUGGACGGUUAUAUGCACAAUUCUUGAGAAAAAGUUCUCGAGUAUUAUAUAACAAUGGCCACAAACAACAACAGACACAGCAAGCAGUUGUAUCACCAACAGUUGUCACCAGUUGGGUGGGCGAUAAUUUGCAACUACAAUCCAAAUCCUUAUUAGAGAGUCAUAACGACCUUUUCAAUGCUGACUUACCCGAUUGGCAAGAUAUUGAUGAUCGUUUACUCCGCGAUGAGGGUAAUAUUUUUGUUGGCAAUACUGAUUUUGCUCAUUUAAGUGAAGCAAGGAAUAAAAAACAACAAGAGCCUUUAACUAACGAUGAGAAAAAAAAGAGCAGUUUGAUAAUCGCAACACUGUUAUCACAAAAUUUAACGGAUGUAGCUCGUAACAAUACGCCAAAACAUCUGUUUUCAUUGCAUACAGUUGGCAAUACAGGAAAUCAAAAUCAAGAUUUUGGGCGAAUAUUAGACGUGAAUAAAGUGAUGCCCAUCGGCGACUUGGCCACAUACACUGUUCGUAAUCCCUUUUCAGUAAGUGGAUUCCCUGAAGAAACCAUUAUCGAACAUUCAGAACUCACACAAAGCAACGCAGUAAAUAAUUAUAGAAACAAUGAUAACAAAUUAAGCCGUUCACCGAAACAGUGCUAUCAAAAACAAAUGGAUCCUAAUGGUAGUGACAGUUCCCUGAAAAAUGCCCUGAAGCCACUCUUUAAUAGCCAAUUGCCAACAAUAACGUAUUAUGGCUUUGCUGACUUUACAACUGUUGUCGGGGAGAGUGUGAUUGUUUUUUCUCCUAGCAGCGUUACACAAAAUAUUAAUUUAGGCCGCGUGACGUCAAUUAAGGGUGAAGCAACGUUAAAAGGUGUUAGCGAUAUUGAACAAGAUACAACAAUUGGUGCUAUAAAGGUCGCUAUGGAAUUUGAAGUUGAACCAACUCAACAAAUUAGCAGUUUGCCCAAUUUGCAAUUAAUGAAUUUAAAUUCAAAGAUGAUACAAAGCCUAAACUUCGUUGAUGUUAGUAGCGAAAUUUCAAGAGAAGAGGCGGAGGGAAUAUUACACACAUUAACAACUGAUGUUAAUGAUAAAGAACUAUCUUUAAAACAAAUAAAAUUAGUGACCACAUCUAAUGAAAACAUCAAAAUUUCCUAUUUUACGGACAAGUUAUCAAGUGUAAGUGAUAACACUUUUAAAACUAUUGAAAAUAUGCUCGGUUCAACGACUGCAUAUUCCCGUCCUUUAGACAAUGAAGAUGCAGAAAUAUAUGCGUCACUUUCGCGUAUAGCAGCAUCACGUGAAAGUAUUUCAUCAACUAUGCAAACAGUCGUCCCGUCAUAUAUAAUAAACAAUUCGUUAUUACUGAAACUAUCUGAAAAUACUAACGAACAACCAAUCACUAAUACAGUGGAAUUAGUUUCAAAAAGUGUAGAAGCAUUGCAAAGCAGUGAACUAACGCAUCACACAACUACAGCUAUUUUGGAUAUAACGCCUACUAAUACUAGCUCGGAAUUACAGAUAUUAGGGGGUGCCACAACAAUAUUCUAUGAAGAUGAUCCGUUUGCUAAUUUUGUGGAGCCCGUAUUUAGCGCUACCAAGGCUACAGAUAUUUUAAAUUUGACAGAUAUAAAGAUAACAACACAACCAGAAUACGGAACUUCAACCUUAAGUAAUAUACCAAUAACCACCGAGGAAUACGAAGAUAGUGUCGAAACAACUACAAUUGUUCCCAAAAUAUUAACAAAUAUUACUUCGGAUGAAUAUGAAGUCCAAAAAAGUAGUAGUAGUAGUAGUUCUAUUGAUACAUCUCAAAGCGUUUCAAAUGUAUCAGAAGUUUCUCAAAAUGAUACUAAAAGAGAUGUGCAGGAAAUGAAUACCGAUGAUGAUGUUGUUGAAUUAAGAGACUGCAUUAGAACAUCACAAACUUUUCUCACACAAAUAGCAAAAACGAUCACCCAACUAAACACUCUACGCGAGUCGGCCCUACCAGGCGAAGAUGAAGCCAUACAAUAUUCGACAAUCGAAACUGUAUUACUGCCUACCUUCGAUAUUUUAGAAACUACUAAAUUUUAUUGUAUCAAACCACAGACAGCAACUGUAGGCGCGACAAGCUUUGCCAUCGGCGAUAUAAAGGAAAGAGUAAACGAUGGGGUAAAAUUAGAGAAAAAUGGAUUAGAUAAUAUUUACACGGCAACCCUGGCCGAAAACAUGGAUGAUGUAGGUGAUGGUCUUGCCGACGAUGACAUUAAUUACAUUACCACAAUAUCAGCUAAUAUAAAUGAGAGAGACCUUUUAGAGUAUACAACAACUGAUCCUGUAGAUAGCGAUAAUAAUAAUGAAACUGAUGUCAAUAAUGAAAGUGAUAGCGAUAUAAAUUUCGAUCAGUCAAUUUAUGCUUUGGAAGAUGAUUCGGGUGAAGAUAUUGAAUUGAUAUAUAAAACAUUAUAUACGACAUAUACGUAUUUGACAACAUAUUUUAAUGAUGACAGCAGUACUAGUAUAUCGAGUCACACAGAGGUGUUUACGAAUAUUAUAACCUCAACUUUAGAGUCCGAUAUUGAUGAAAUUAAACCAAUUUCUUCCACAAAAGAAAUAUUAAACACAGAGAAUGCGCUUAAGCUUAGUAUUCGUGAUUCAUCGAACAAUGGUAAUAAGGUUAGCAGCAGCAGUAAAUUUGUACUACCUACUGAAUUAGAGACUAUACUGCGUGUUGGAGACCAUGAUAUUGAUAUUGAUAAAACCGGAGAUGCAACAGAUGCACAUACCGCAACCAUGUUUUUGGAUGAUAGUAAAAUAGUGAAAACUUAUUUUACAACUUAUACAUACUAUACGACUAUAUUUGUAGAAGGAGAAACGGAAAUCAUGUCUAGGACCGAGGUAUAUACAAAUUAUGUAACGGAUGCGGUAACAUCCACUACUGUAUUUGAGAUUGACAAACAAAGUCGUAUUGAUAAUGAUAAUAUUGCAAGUAAUGUGGAGAUGUUGUCAAACUUAAAUCAGGAUACUGGCGCUAAUAACAUUGAUAUUGACACUAAACGACAAAGAGAUGAGAAUACACAAAAUAUGCUAAAUGACUAUCAAAGAUUAAGUGACAACACAAUAAGAGCACACGCUGCAAUACUUUUUCAUGACGACCAUCUUAGCUUCAGCAAUUAUACAUUGGUGACUGAUAUACGUUCGAGUAGUUCGAAUGGCAAAAAACAUAUAAUCAAUCAAAAUCAGGAAGCCUUCUUCGAUCAAAUCAGCUCCGAAAGCAACACUGACGAAAUAAGACCUUCAGCCAUUCUAUUAUUACAGACAAGCUUCACCACUUUUACGUACUAUACGACAAUGUACAGCAAUAAUGCGACAAACGUUAUAAGUCGUCUAGAAACAGCAACCGAUGUCGUAACGGAAACGCUACAGCCGACGAAAACUUCAAGUGUAGAUGAAGUAACAUUGCCCAUAACAUAUUUCACUACUUUCACAUAUUGGACAAAACUGGCUAAAAAUGGUGAAAUCACCACACUUAGCAGAGAGGAAACCGUAUCCAAUAUAGUAACACCUAACACAAUAUCAUCAACACCUAUUCAAACAGCAAAUGUACUGUUAAGUAACGGGAAUACUGUCCAAGGCAAACAACCAAAGACACAAAUAUCGAAUACCGAUCAGUUGGAUAAAACUACGACUGUGCAUUCUACAAAUACUAUUCAUAAUAGCGUAGGAAACUCAAGUAUUGAUAACGAAAACACCGGAGCAGUUUUUGAACCCACGACUUACUAUACAACGUAUACAUAUUAUACAACAUCAUAUAAUGGAGACGGGACCACAACUGACUCACGAUUCGAGACUAUAACACAUGUGGUUUCACCCACAAACAUUGCAGAUAAAACAAUUGAAGGAGCCGCAGGUGAACGUAAUAUUGUGAGCAGUGCUAAUUUAGUGACUGAUAUAUUAGCGUUAGCGAUAAACAACGCUGUUACUCCCACUCUUCAAAAAAGUCCUAAUACACUGCUUUAUGACUACAAAAGAAUUAUUGAUGCAGAUGGUGUUAGUACACUGUAUUAUCGAACGGAAAUAUUAGCUACAACCGCCAUUGAUGGUAUGCAAUCAAAUUUCACUAGCAGCUCAUCCAGUUUACACGUUGAUGAAUUGAAGCAAGCCCUGCUUCCGAGCAAUAUAAUAGCAAAUUCAGAUAUCAGUUCGGUACGCCAGUACAAAACGGGACUUGUGCGUUUAAUCGAGGGUACUCGUAUUGGUAAUCAUACCACUACCUUGUAUCAAUCCAAAGUUAUUGGCACUUUCAUUGAGAAUCGGUACGCGCAAAUAAUUGAGAGUACAUCUAGUUUUCUUUUUGAGACAAAUAAUAAUAAUAUGAUAACCACUGAUGGAUCCAUUAAACCGUCUCUUACUUUACCAUCAACAGAUCAGAUCGAAGCCACAGUAAAUGUUGUGGCACUAACGUUACAAAACAGCAUUGUUGAGAAUGCUUCUAAUUCAACUGCGACCACCGAGUAUAGUAAAGAGGAUGAAGAGAAUUUCGAUGUUGACGCUGGUAAUGAAGAUGAUGGUGGGGAUGGUGCUGACGGUAAAAUUAAUAAAGAUCGAUUGUCCUAUCAGUCAAAGAAGCGUACAUUUACUCCAGUAAUCCGCCCAUUCACUUCCCGCAAUCGUCCCCAAUUCGCGCCAAAAAAGAAAAACGGUGUUACGAGUAGUGCGACAAUUAUAACACGACAUGAUUUCACACCAACAAUUACUGCGACACCUGCGCUUAAGUCUAGCGGGCGUUUUAGCACGCGUAAGGGUGUAUUUACAGGCAUAAUAACAACCACAGGUGCCUCCGCUGCUAUACCAAACAGUUCAUCGUCGCGCCGCACAUUCGGGCGCCCGAUCAAAUCAUUAUCUUCCACUGGCAGUAUCAGUACAUCAAAUACACCAGCAAUUUUGUCUGCAAGCGGCUUCAGUGGAGGCCGAAACCGUCUGCCAUCAUCGACACGAUUACAAUCAUCGACACGACGUGCCGGAGUUUUAGUGCGGCCUACAUCUGCUUCAGGUAAUCGGCAAGGGUUUUCUAGUACUUCUGCCAGUAACACUCGUGUACGUAUUAAAUCUACAAGCUUAACUCAGACUGGACUACAAAAUACGCCAUCUACAGAGGGUUUACCUAUUUUGACAUCCGAAACGAGUGGUGAGGAGUCAACAACUCCAGAAUUUCAAGCGAGUUUUGAUGAAAAUGACGAAGGAUCUAUAGAUGUAGCUCGCCGCAGCCAAAAUCCUUUGAUACGUCUACGAAGGCCGUUAAAUAGGCCGACUGGUUUUAUUUCAUCUAGUCAGCGUGUAGUAAACGGAGGGAGUAGCAUUUCUUCUAUUGGUUCCGUUUCACAACGUCGAAAUCCUUUAACAUUACGAGCUAAACCGACGACUCUUACAAGUACUACAACGACGACGCAAACGCCACGGGCACGAAGCUUGGAGAGGCCUAAAAUCAACAAUGCACUAAGUAGAACGCGGCCACAAAAUAGCCUUUUUCCACCACGUGGUCUAUUACAGAGACAAACAAAUCAGGAAAUUAAUGAAGCCAAGGAAAAUAAAAAAGCUGAUAGUACAGAAGGCAAUGUCGAUAUCGAUGAUGAUUCCGAGUAUGAUGACGAGGAUGAAGAAGACAAUGAAGAUGAUGCCGAAGGAGAUAAUAAUCGUCGUAGACGUUCUAAUAUUAAGCAACAUAAAUUAUCAACAGGAGUUGAAAAUACCUCCACAACUGAUAACUAUAAAAUAAAAUAUUUAUCUACAAGAUCGAAAUCGAUACGUGUACGUCGUGAAGCUGAAACUCCGUUACAAAGGCGAAGUAGUUUUCGAAAUAGAUUCAGGCGUCCAAAGUUAACGGCUUCAGCUACUACUGCCGAAGAUCAAAAUUAUAAAGAAGAUAUUGAGAAGGAAACGCCACCUUUCUUAACUACAGCAGUAACCCGUUCACGAACAAGUGGGCGUUUUGCACCACGCUAUGGAUUGCAACACGCCAGCACACAAGCCGUUACAGCACCAGCGACUACUACAAGUACAGGAAAUCACCACGCUAUCAGACCAACACGCCCCUCUAACGGUCGAGCUCAAUUCACGCUACGUGAAAAAGAUACAACCACAACAACUCAAAAAGGUUUGACACGUCCAGGAACUAGCCACUUUCGACGUCCACAGACAGCAGCCUCAUCUAGACGUUCGUCUUCUCCAACGAUUAGCAAUAGGCGGAAAACAUUCAACAACAAUAGCAAUUUGUCACAAGAUGCAGUUAUGCGUAGCACGCCUUCGCGUGCACGUACCAACUUAAGUCGCACACGUACAACCGUGCGUGGACGCAGUCGUAACGACUACAAUGUUGACACCCUUGUACUACCAUAUGAUGGCACUAUAACUAUUACACAUGUUAUACCAGCCGAAGUAACUAUACCUGUCGUCAAUGGUAAAAUUACUGAAUAUAAAAAUGUUGUGACAGCUAAAACGAGCACGGAGAUUUUAUCUCCUCAGCAAUAUACCACUUUUCUGGGUAGUAAUGGACAAACUAUGUUGGCAUUGACCCGGGAAGAUUCAAGCGUGAAUUUCGGUGGGGUUACUGAGGUUACACAGUACGUACUUCAUGAGUCGCCGACGACAACAAUUAUUUUUACACCCACCACAAUACGUGGCCGCAAAACAUCCUUUUCACACGUAAUACCAUCAACUGUUUAUUCAGUGGAAAAUGUUAUUUCAACAACUCAGCCACAAAUUUCACCAAACGCGCCGUUAGCAAACAUAUUAUUAUCGCAGUUGCUGCUCGGAAAUAUAGGUCUACCACCGGCGAAUCCAUUACUUGGAGCAUUAGGGGCGGCAGCAACACCUCCACCUAUUCAAUUAGGUGUAGGUAGUUUAGUACCACCCACACCGGUUACUGAAUAUCGCACGCAUACAUCUACAUAUGUUACAACAGUUUUUGAGGGUAUGUCUACCGUCUUACCCGUUACAUUCCAGGGCAAAAAGAUAUUGACUACGGUCUACGAUACAACUGCGCAAACAAUAACAGCUACUGAGUUUGUGACAGAUACUAUUGUUACAACACCGAUACACCAAACGCAUUCCGCACCACAGGUUAAUAGCUUGCUGAUACAACAACUAUUAUUGCAGCAACAACUACAGCCACAGCUACCAAUACUACAUUCUACGGCACCUCAUCUACUAUUAAGUGAUAAUUUGCAAGAACUUGAUACGAACCAUAUACGACUUUCUAAAGAAAAUGAUAAUGAUAUAGCAGUUAACGAGGAUUAUACGCAACAUAAUAAAACUAGCCGAAAGAAAUCGCGAAAGUCCAGUAAAGGACAUAAGCGUAAGCAUCAAUCAUUCCAAGAUGAAGUGCCAGAGCGUUCUAGUAUAAUAACAUUGUAUGUAUCCGGCCGCCGACCCGGUGAGUUUAGCACAAUUUUAAGUACCGUACCACUUGGCUCUGACUCCACAAUACACAAACGCCAAGCUCCUGGUGUUCUACAACAAACUUCCAAAAUUUAUACAAUCGAUAAUUUUUACACAUCUGAUGGCAGUGAAUAUGCGUCCACAUAUCUAAUGCCGCAAUUGAAGGAUGAUAAGACGAAGAAACAGAUUGAAUUAAAUUUACUUGAAAGUGGAGGACAUCAUUUGAUGGACCAGCAAACGCAAUCGCUAGAGAGUAUUGUAGGCGAUGUUGAUACAUGGAUUGCGCAAAGUACGCACUCAUUUGAAAACGCAGUAGCACUUGAAAAACAAUUAGCGCCCACUAUGCCGCUGCAAAGAAGAGACGCUCAAAUUACAGAGAGUAUUUAUCUUAAGCAAAGGUCGAAUGUGACCGGAUAUAAAAAGAUAAAAAUAAUUGUUUAAUGUAGUUGACCUUACUGAGUUGCCCCCAUGCUAGUUCAUGGUCAUUAAUAUUGUCACUAUAGGCACGAAAGCGUCGAUAAGUAUAUUUAAAAAUAUUGGUUUUGAAAAAUAUAAAAACAUUUAGGCGUGCAACCUGAGAGGCAGCAGUAAUGAAAACGACGAAGAGGAGGGGAAUGAAACUUUAGAGAAUGACAAGGAAGAAAUUAAGGUUAAAAACAGCAGGAAAACGAAAAUGGGCUACUCAUAUACUUUGGGGAUAAUACGGAACACAAUAAUACCCAGCAAAAUUCUGUACAAAAGUAUUAUUAAAAACAAAAUCACAUCUCUUAGUGGAAAUAAAAAUAAGACGCAUAAUGAUAUAAUGGAGAACAGGAGCAAAAGGAGUGAAUCUCUUUUAAAGAAAUAUGGGCGUUUGAUACCACUACAAUAUGGUAACAUGGGCGACGAUGCGUUGAAAAUGUGAAACGGGUAUGAUAGUAGUAAAAAUAACAUAACUUUGAAUAUUGUUAAUUUAAACUGUAGAUGGUAGUCGUACGGCGUAAAAAACUUCCAACACCGUCGUCGAGAAAAGUAAACAGUACAACAACCGACUAUAGUGCAAUCACCUACUCGUGCAUCACGAGUCACAAUUGUUAUAAACAAAAAAAAAAAAAACAACAACAAUGGAAA